AUGGAGAGAAAGAAGAGCGAUGAUUUUGAUCAGGAUGAUGAUCAAAAACCACAACAUAACAAGGUAUUGGUGGAAGCGGCCUUCCGGAACCAGGCGGUGCCGCCGUGGACGAAGCAAAUCACUGUGAGGGCCAUGGUCACUAGCUUUAUUCUCAGCAUCGUCUUCAACUUCAUUGUUUGCAAACUUAACCUCACCACUGGUGUCAUACCAUCGCUCAACGUCGCCGCCGGCUUGUUGGGUUUCGCCGUGCUCAAAUUUUACACCGCUAUACUCACCAAGAUUGGCCUUUUGAAGCAGCCUUUCACUCGUCAAGAAAAUUGUGUCAUCCAAACAUGUGUCGUCGCCUCAUCCGGGAUCGCCUUUAGCAGUGGAACUGCAAGUUAUGUACUGGGCAUGAGUGGAGUUAUAGCUGCUCAGGGAGAUGGCGCCAACACCCCAUUGAACAUAAAGAACCCUCAUGUUGGCUGGAUGAUGGGAUUUCUUUUCGCUGUCAGCUUCCUUGGCUUGUUUUCCAUUAUGCCCUUGAGAAAGGUGAUGAUCAUGAAGUACAAGUUAACCUACCCAAGUGGAACCGCAACUGCAUACCUCAUUAACAGUUUUCACACUCCCAAAGGAGCCAAGUUAGCAAAGAAACAAGUUGCUGUCUUGUUCAAAACCUUCUGCGGUAGCUUCCUGUGGGCCUGUUUCCAAUGGUUUUACACAGCCGCUGAUGGCUGCGGAUUUGUUAGCUUCCCAACAUUUGGUCUCCAAGCUAAAGCACAGAGGUUUUACUUUGACUUCUCAUCGACAUACGUUGGUGUAGGAAUGAUUUGCCCUUACAUCGUGAAUAUCUCUUUGCUUGUUGGAUCAAUAAUUUCAUGGGGAAUCAUGUGGCCUUUGAUUGAGAAAAAUAAAGGUACAUGGUACAGUGCUGAUAUCCCAGCGACCAGUCUCCACGGUAUCCAAGGAUACAGGGUUUUCAUUGCUAUAGCCAUGAUGCUCGGGGAUGGUUUAUACCAUGUAGCUUACAUGCUCAUUAUGACCUCCUACAGCUUAUGUUGCUCACCCAAAACAAAAGAAGACAAGAAUUUAGAUACUGAAGCUGGAACAGAAGUUUUGAGUGAAAACUAUGACGAGGAGCGAAGAAAUGAGUAUUUCGAGAAAGACCAAAUUCCAAACUGGCUUGCUUUCGUUUGUUAUGUUGGUCUUGCCAUUGUAGCCAUCAUCUUCGUACCAAUAUACAUUUUCCGACAAUUGAAAUGGUACCAUAUCUUGACUGCUUAUAUGAUUGCUCCAGUUUUGGCAUUCUGUAAUGCCUAUGGUGCUGGCCUCACUGAUUGGUCCCUCGCCUCCAACUAUGGAAAAUUCGCCAUCAUAAUCUUCAGUGCUUGGGUUGGCGCUCCGAAAGGUGGUGUUGUUGCUGGGCUUGCUGCUUGUGGUGUCAUGAUGAGUGUUGUCUCUACAGCUUCUGAUCUUAUGCAAGACUUCAAGACCGGAUUUCUUACGCUGUCGUCUCCUCGCUCUAUGUUCUUCAGCCAAGUACUUGGCACGGCCAUGGGUUGUGUCCUGUCUCCUUUGGUAUUCUGGUUCUUCUACAAAGCUUACCCACUAGGUGAUCCAGACGGUCCAUACCCUGCACCGUAUGCCCUAAUGUACCGUGGAAUGGCUCUUCUUGGAGUUGAAGGCGUUGGUUCGCUUCCAAAACACUGUGUGAAACUUGCAGGGUCCUUUUUUGCAGCUUCCAUUGCCAUUAAUUUGAUCACUGAGCUUCUAAAGCGUUAUGAGACCAAGUACAAGUUGUACAGGUUUAUUCCAAUCCCAAUGUGCAUGGCCAUCCCAUUCUAUCUAGGUUCUUACUUCGCCAUUGACAUGUGUGCGGGGAGCUUGAUUCUUUAUCUGUGGCAAAGGAAGAACAAACAACAGGCCGAUGACUUUGCGCCAGCAGUCGCAUCUGGACUCAUUUGUGGUGACUCUUUGUGGGGUGUUCCAGCUGCUAUCCUUUCACUUGUGAACGUGAAACCUCCAAUCUGUAUGAGGUUCUUCUCUGCUUCUGCCAAUGCAAAACUCGAGAAACUUUUAUCUGGUGAUUAG